AUGAUGGCUACCCAACCGUAUCCUUCGCAAUACGGCGUUGCGCCCGGCUCGUCACGUAAUGUGUACAGGAUCAACACAGCGACGCCUGGCGUCCCCGGACCUCACUCUGCCGGCCCUUAUUACCCCGUUCCCCAGCACCACCAACAUCCGCACGUCAUGCCACACUCGCACCACCCGCAGAUGUAUCUGGCUCAACCAGACAUGUCUGCGUUCGGCCUCGUCACGCCCCCAACCACGACGACCGCUCAGUUCGGGUCACCUCUGGUUCCAGGGACCGGAUACCCUCAUAUGGGCAGCACGCCGACACCCCAGUGGUCAAUGAAUGUCAACGCGUUGGCCCUCUCGCCCGCGAUCGGGAAUGACGGCACCAUGUCCUCCUUCUACGCCCCCUCUCCCUUGCUUGGCAGCGACCCUGCUGGCGACGUGUUCUCUACUGGCCCGAUGGCUGCGCGGGACGGCAUGACUGAGGGCCUCGGUUUCCAUGGCGUCCCCCAGAUGGGCCACCAUCACCAUCCCCAUCACAUGUACGGUGUGGCGCCAGGUCAACUGGGUGCCAAGCCAGGCCACCAUCUCAUGCUUGAUGCUGUCGGCAACCCAGCUCCCGAGAUCAAAAAGCGGUCGCGAACCGCUCAGGCCUGCGAGCGCUGCCGGAUCCGCAAAGCAAGAUGCUUUGGCGGGAACCCUUGCAACCGCUGCACGAAGCGCCGGUUUGUGUGCGAGUUUUCUACGGCCGUGCGCCAGCGUGGCCCAAAUAAGCCGCAGCCUGUUGCUGGCAGCAGCGGGACAACGACUGGUUCGACGUCGACAACCCCUACCCUCGGUUCGUCGGGUCCAUCCGCAGCCUCUGCUAAGCCAAUGCCGGGUCCUGGCAAACCUAGUCGCCGUCACAGCCUCCCCGAGCAACCGGGCGCUCCACCCAGCUUCGCCACGGGACCACCUCCUGGGCCACAGAAGGGAUACAGUGCCACCGACGUCCACCAGCUCGGCACCUGGGACAACACGCACAACACGCCUGCCGCCUACUCUGUCCCGUCGUCCACAGUCAUCCCCCAUCUUCCCACGCCUGUCGCCGCUGAGUACCUCGCUGUUCCCGGGCAGCCUGGGCAGACUAGCGUCGCGCAUGUGGACACUACCUCGCGUCCUCCUUCCGACUCUACCUACUACCACAACUCUACCGAGCUCCGCUCGCCUGUUUUUGCAUUCACGCCCGAGUCAUCCGAACCCUCGACGUCCGUCUCGGCCGACUACCCAUACACGCACAUCUCUCCUGCCACGACUUUCUCGCCCCAGCUCGGUAUGACCCGUGUCGUUCAAGGCCAGUACGCCCCACGUCAGCCUCCUGCGAAGGACAACCAGGCUGCGAACGACUCGAACGUGUGGUACACGACCACGACGACCAACUAG